AGCCCGAGGCGGCCAGCGACGGACUCAUGCUGCGCAAGAGCCACCUGUUCCCCCUGCACGGCACCGCCAGCUUGCGGCCCCAGGCGUUGCCGGCGGGCUCUGGCGUUGCGGACAUGCUGCAGGUGCCAGAGAUUCGGCAGCUGGCGCGUAUGGUCUGGCUGGUGCGUCACCCUCUGGACGUCGUCGCCGCCUGCAGGCGCUACAAGACCUGGAGCAAGGGCAUCAACGAGAUGUACCUCAACAUGGAGACGCUAGCAGUGUUGCUGCUUGCUCUCGCGAUCCUCCACCCCGCCCACUGCGACGCCAUCCGGGCGGCCUCCGCCCAAGGCAAUCACUUCGGCGGCGGCCGAGCCCUCGUGGUGACCUACGAGCGCCUCUGCAGCGGCACGGCCAGCGAGCUGCUGCGGGUCCUCGCCUUCGUCGGCAGGCCCGACGUGCAACUGGCGGCCGUGGAGGCAAUGCUGGCCGCCUGGCCGGAGCUGCGCUGCCGCCACGCGAACGACACGGUGCCGCGGCGGGCCACGCUGGAGGUGCUGUCCCAGGACCACCCGUACCACGCUGGCGGCGUCGCGGGGGUCACGCGCGAGCUGGACUCGGCGUUGGGGGUCUGGCGGCGCGCGGCACAGGCAUCGGCGGAGCCCGCGGCCGGCGGCGUUCGGCGGCCGUCGGAGCUGUGAAGGGCGCCGGCGAGCGAAAGAGGAGGCGCGCGCGGGCGCGGCUGGGUGCUCCGUGGGGAGGGCUGCCCUGACGUCCUCCCAUUGCGAG